AUGUAUGAAUUACAUAAACGUGCUUCUUUCCAACUGAGGGGAUGGGCUAGCAACCGACCAGAAGUUUUAUGUAAAAUGGAAAAUAAAUAUAAGAGCGACAGUGCUUCACUAGGAGAUAAAGAGCACACAGAACGCACUUUAGGUUUGAUCUGGAAUAUCAAACGGGAUAUAAUAAGUUUCUCCAAAGGUCUUCGUAACACACCGGAAGAGGUGAUGGAAGGUUUACGACCGCCUACGAAGAGGGAGAUAACUAGUGCUGUGAUGUCAGUCUUCGAUCCUUUAGGACUCGCAUCACCCAUAACGAUUCAAGCUAAGUCGCUAAUCCAGCAAGUAUGGAGGACAGGCAUCUCUUGGAAUGAAGAAGUUACACACGAAUUACACAUGUUAUUUUGUAAAUGGAUAUCGGAAGUGAAGAAAUUAGGUCAUUUAGAAGUACCUAGACCCGUUGCUGAAGGCGUCGGAAAGGGAGUAGAAACUGGUGAAGAAAAAUAA